UUGGCAGUAUAAAUUAUUUUGUUUUCUUCGUGUCAACUCUAGUUAGCAAGAUAAAAUAAGAUACAGUAGACCUAUACAGCUUUUAAUUGUAGUAUAACGUAGAAGUUAUAAGUGCAUUUAAUUUGCUGUGUAAUUAUAAAAAAAACUGGGCAUAAUGUUUGAAAAAUCCAAAAGUAUUAACUGGUUAUUAUAUUUUUCAGUAUUUUCAGCCAAUCUGGCUGUUUUUGCUUCUGGGGGAUGCUGGACUUGGACCUCGCCAGUUUUGCCCAAAUUGAAAUCCGAAGACUUUAGUGUAAAUGUCCUAGGCCGUCCAGUAACUGUAAAAGAAGAAGCAUGGAUUGUAUCGUUUAUGCAGCUGGGUUUAAUUUGUAGUACUCCAGUGUCCCUGCUUCUUCACAAGUUCUUUACCAAGAAAAACAUAUUACUUAUUGUUACUGUUCCACUUGUGCUGACCCAUAUUUUACUGAUGUUCGCCGAUCAGAUUGUCUAUUUCUUCGUAGCAAGAUUCUUCAUGGGAAUGACUACCGGAUCUCUGUGGACCGUCCUUCCGAGUUAUGUUGCCGAAAUAGCUCCAGAUUCAAACAGAGGAUUUCUUGGUACAAUAGUAGGAGUUAUGGGUGCUGCGGGAUCAAUGGUAUCUUAUUUAGUGGGACCCUACGUAUCGUUAUUGACUUUUAGCAUAGUAAACCUGAUACCUUUGGUACUUUUCUUUAUUUUCUACGGCUUGUUUUCUCCAGAUAGUCCGUACGACUUGAUUAUUAAAGGAAAGCUUGCAGAAGCUGAAAGCAGCUUAUCAAAACUUCGUUGCAAUUCCAAUGUUGAGAAAGAAUUAAACCACAUUUCGAGUUCCAUUAACUCUGGAAAUAAUAAAACGUUUAUCGACUUGUUUAGAGAUAGAGGUCUAAAAAAAGCUUUAAAAAUUGGCAUGCUUUUAAUGGCAUUCCAGCAAUUGUCAGGUAUCGGUGCUGUUCUCUCCUAUACUGAAACCAUUUUUCUUAUGGCGGGAAGUACCAUAAGAGCAGAUAUUUCGGCCAGUGUAGUUGGGGGUGUAUCGUUAUUCUCUGUCAUAAUCAGUAGCCGAUUGAUAGACACUAUGGGAAGAAAAAUUCUUCUUGUCAUAUCGUGCACUUUGGCCUUUAUUUCGUUAUCGGCAUUAUCAGUUUAUUUCCUUCUUUCUGACAACGGUGUUGAUACUUCUCCGAUAUUUUGGUUACCAAUUGUCAGUUUGAUAGCGUACGUUCUCGGUUUAAAUAUAGGUUUAGCAGCUCUUCCUUGGGUAAUACUAGGCGAAGUAUUUUCUUCCAACGUUAAAAAUAGUGCUUCUUUUAUUGUAUGCGUUACAAAUUAUGUAAUAUGCCUGGGUGUGACUAUCAGCUUUUCUUAUUUAGUGCAGCUAGCUGGAAUAGGUAGUACUUUUCUUGUUUUCGCUGUAAUAAUGCUAGCGGGAGCAAUAUAUUGUUAUACUGUUGUCCCUGAAACGAAAGGAAAAAGUUUCCAGGAUAUUCAAAUAAUGUUGAAUGUUAAAACUUAAUUUCAUAUACUGUAAAUAUAAAUGUUAGAAAUUUUACAUAACAGAUGUAAAAGUUAAAUCGUUAAUUAUAUUGUAAUAUACUGUGUUAAUUUUUAUAUUAUUGCUCUCUUACAGUAGUGAAAAUAAAUCUAUUCAUAUA